AGACGCUACGACACUUUUUCAUUGUUCCUCGGAGCAGAGGCUCGGCGAAACCGGAACAACAUGGAAUCCCGCUACGUUUCCCGGGUGUUCGUUUUUCUGCUUCUCGCCGGGGCUGCCAGCCAUGUUUCCAGCGAAUAUAACAACCUUGCCGAUGUGCCAUGCGGCCAAGGAAGAUUCGCUACACGCACGGCAAGGCUGGUCGGAGGACAAAACGCGAUACCGCACGAAUUUCCUUGGAUGGUGAGCAUCAGCAGAAAAGGAGGACACUUCUGCGGUGGUACCAUUCUUAAUUCAAGAUUCGUCCUGACUGCAGCGCAUUGCUUGUGUUCAGCAAGAUCGAUGGUACCCGCCGGUCAAUUGCGAGUGAGCCUGGGCGAGUAUAAUUUAAAGGAACCGGAAGUGCCGGCGUCUAAAGAAGAGAGAGUAGCCAGAAUUAUCCUGCAUCCGGACCACAAAUGUGGAAAAUACGUGGACGAUAUUGCCCUUCUGGAGCUGGCUAGGCCAAUCAGUUGGUCGGAGAGCGUGAAACCCGCCUGUUUACCUGUGGCCACAGGGAAACCAGGGUACAGCGCCUUCGGCGGGGAAUUUGCUAAGGCCGCUGGAUGGGGGUGGUUCGGCGAAGAUAGAUCUAAAUAUAAACGAGCGGACGUGUUGCAGAAAGUGGACGUUCGCGUGAUCGAGAACAACGUUUGUCGCGAGUGGUAUGCCAGCCAGGGCAAGUCGACUCGCGUGGGAGAGAAGCAAAUGUGCGCUGGCCACGAAGAAGGCGGUCGAGACGCUUGUUGGGCUGACAGUGGCGGACCAUUGAUGAUCGAAGGUCUAUCGGGGAAUAAGAUGAUGGUCGUAGGAAUUGUCUCUUCCGGGGUCGGAUGCGGCCGACCACGACUUCCUGGUCUCUACACACGAGUCUCGGAAUAUAUACCUUGGAUCUCCCAACAAGUACUUUCGAUUCGGUGAAGAAGAAUUAAAGACUUAUUUCGUGGAGAAUCAUCUUAACAAGGGUUUGGGGGUAGCAUUUAUUUAUAAGACAAUUCGUGAGACACUAGGACAGAGAAGAAAAGAAUGAGAAACUUAAUUUAUGUAAUGUAAAAUAAUGUAAUGCAAUUAAUAUCGGUAACCCAUUAACAGUGAUGCAAAAUGUGAUAAAACAAUUCCUAUUAAAGACUACAAAAGAUCGUUAUAAUUAAAUGUAAGUACUUUGUGAAAUAUGUUUUACUAUCUAGUCAUGUUAUUGUAUAAUUGUUGUAUGGUAAAAUUACAACAAAUACUUUGAGAA